UUGCAGCCACCUAUCGGUGACUACGCGGUAAAGCAGCAGUUUGUUAGCGAGGGAGACUUAUUUCAUAGACACCCUUUUCUGAUACAACACACCGACCAUUUCUUUUUACAGGAAUAAUGAGACGCAUGCACAGAAAUCCGUUUGAACCCGUAGUUAGAUUUCCACCACCAGCGUUGGGGUUCAAACCGGCUCCAGCUCCAAGAGUCCCCCAGCAUUUUAUAGAAGCGAUGAAGCGAAUUUCAGCAACACCGGACAUGGCUUCCAAGACCCAGCCCCAGAAACUUGAAGCGGAUGCUUCUAUUGACAAAUGGAAAUCCUCCUUUCAGCCGAUCAAUAAACAGAAAGAGGAAUCUGAGGACAAAAGUCCAAGUUCUGAAAUGAGGACGGAGCUUUAUGACCCCAACAACCCUCUGUCGUCCGACUCUGAGCCUGAGAUGUCACAGCUGCCCCCUACUGUUGAGAACAGCAGCCAAAGAUGCAAGCGCCCGUCUCCAGAUAGAGACGCCAGCCGCUGGGAGUCGUCGACGGCGGCGAACCGUCCACUUGAAAGACGGCCGGUUCCACAGACGGCCAGACCCACAGACAGCCGAGAUCUGAGUCCAGGGCAUGUUCUGGCUAACAGCCGGGCUUACAGCCCAGACAGUAAAUUACUGGACCGUCCGGGUUAUGAAUUCCCAACUGGACACUUGGAGGCAAGAAUCCACAGUCCUGACAGACUGAGUCAUGGCUCUUCCUCUCAGGCUGUCCCAGAGUCCUUCAGGGGACUGAGGACCAAUGGAGGGGAGAGGAAACCUCUUCCUGAUUAUCCAAGAGAGAUGGCCGCCCCCCUCAGGGUGUCUCCACCUGGGUUAAAGCGAGACCGUCAGCAGCUGGGAUACGUAGAAAGAGGACUGGACCAAGAAGCUCCUCCUCCGAAACUCACGAGGAUUAAAGGGGAAAAUGCUAAACUGAACAAGUGUCCCAUCACCUGUGACCUCUGUGACAUAGAGCUGUCCAACGCUCAGGGGCUGGAGGAACAUCUGGACAGCCGAACCCACUGGGACACUCUGGAGCACAUCCAGCGCAGCAGCAGCUACGACGACAUGGCAAUAGCAUUUCUACAGGAAGUCAUGGUGUAUAAAAGCCAGCACUGUAGCCGAGCGGUAGAGGAAGACGCACUUCCAGGUCUGCAGGAGAACCACCACAUGACGAAGGUGGAAAUGCUUCACUGUGCGGCCUGUAAGGUCCACGUGUCCACAUCUGCAGCCGAAGUGCAGGCCCAUGUCUCCUCACUGGAACACCUGACCAACACCAAGGGGUUUGAAGUUCAGCAGAGACAUUCCUGCCUCAGCAAAGCAGAAGCCAUGCUCAAGAAGCUGCAGCCGCAGUUUGAACUCUUCCUAAAGGGAGCCUGCCCGUUUGAAUGAAGUCACUCCAUGGUUGAGGAUCUCCUCAGCUGAAGAACACUCAACUCCACAGAAUGUCAACCCAUCAAUAUCACUUCCAUGUCACAAUCUCAAUAAAAUACUGUCAUUUUUCUA